GCAGACCCACACACCAUGUUCUACAUGCAUUUGCUCGUGAACAGGCGUGGGCCGCUGGCCAAGAUCUGGCUCGCUGCCCACUGGGAGAAGAAGCUCACCAAGGCUCACAUCUUCGAGUGCAAUUUAGAGACUACCAUUAAAAAGAUCGUUUCGCCAAAGUUUACGAUAGCUCUGCGCACCUCUGGGCACUUACUGCUGGGAGUGGUGAGGAUCUACCACAGGAAAACAAAAUACCUCCUGGCAGACUGCAGUGAAGCUCUGACGAAAAUGAAGACAGCCUUUCGUCCAGGACUUGUUGACCUCCCAGAAGAGAGCUGUGAGGCUGCUUAUCAGUCCAUUACAUUGCCUGAAGAAUUUCAUGAUUUUGAAACAACUCUACCUGAUCUAAAUGCCAUUGAUGUUGCUGAGCAUUUUACCUUGAAUCAGAGCAGAGCUGAAGACAUCACACUUAAAGAGGAUUAUGAAAGCAAUGUACUUCUCUGUGAUAGGAGCUUGGAUGAGGAAUCAGAUGCGCUGAGGAAACAGAGCUGCUUCGAUGUGAGCCUCCUGGUGAGCAGCUGCAGCCUCGUGGCCGAUCGCAGCUCUGCAAGCGUGAGUGGAGACCAGGCUGCUGUGCGUGAGGGCUGGCGCCGCUGGGAGCAGGACUGCUUCGGGGAUGAGGAGGCUGGUGCAGACAUGAUUGAAAUCCUGCUGAGGGAUGAACAAAAUAGCCUAACUAAUGGCAUUCUUGAUAUGGAAGAAGAACUUCCUUUGUCACACGACCUGCAGGAGAGCAGCACAGCAGCCAAGUCCAAGCCUGCAGACACUGCAGUGAAGACAGAAAGUCAUCUCAUGAACGAAACGAUGCUUUUGCCUAAAGAAGAAGAAGGGUUUGUGCUUGAGCCAGUUGAUGAUACAGAUUUCAACCAGAGGAAAAGCAAUAAAAGGAAGAGGAAGUUGCUUGUGGAUGCAGACAAGGAGCUCAGCUGCCAUGCUAUAUACCACCAGCUUAACAACAGCCUGGGCACCCUUGUUGCGUUAGACCUCGCACCUCCAACUAAACAAACAAUGAUGUGGAAAGAAUCAGGAGGAGUGGAAACACUCCUGUCCCAGCCUGCACAGCUUUUGUUUCAUGCUGAGCUGCAAAUGUUCUUUGCAAAAUGCUUCAAGAGAGGUAGAUUUGAAAUGAGAAGAAAUGUAACACAGAUGGAGACAGAAGAAGCAAAGGAGGAGCAAGAUGCCCCAGAGGUGCUGAUAACAGAUGAGUCGAGUGACCUGCAGGAGUUGGACUGCUCAGAGGCUGAGGGAAAAACUGGCAAUGAUUUGUUUGCCCUGGCAGCAUGGAAUAGCAGCAAUGGAACUGUGAAUGGCUUUGGUGAAACCCUGCAGGAUGAAGCUGCUUUCUCUGAGAGCUCCGUGCUGGUGAAUAAUUCAACGGGCCGAGAAGCUCCAGUGCAGCAAGCUGAGAUAACACACGAGCGAGAAGUGGAAAAUAAAGACAACGAAGAGGUUCAGUGGAGCAAAAGAACUCUUCAGGUGUUAAAAACCCUACAGCACCUGAACAAAUCUGGAGUGAAUUCCUUCAGCUUCCGGGAGCUCUGUCAGAAGAACAACCGGAAAGAAGUGGCAGUGAAGUUUUACAUCUUCCUUGUCCUGCAGAAGCAGAUGGUCGUUGAGUUGGUUCAGCGCGCUCCCUUUGCAGACAUCACAGCCGCCGCCGGCCGAAUGUUCAGCGCUCACUGAAAUCCCACAGCAGCCAGAUAAGCUCAGCCAAACGCCGUUCUGUUCUCUUUUCCCUGCACAGAAAUGGGACUCUCAGCAAACCACGCUGGACUGAGCAGAGUUCUUUCAUCCCUGCGCCCUCUCAGAACCGCACGGCCACCAAUUGGUGCCGCUGCGUGGCUGCGGCGUUGCUGAGCAAGCUGUUCGCUGCUGUGGUCAGUUUCAA